GUGAGACUUGCUACAAACAAUUGUCGUGAGCCAUGAGACCAUUCCACACUCUAGAGGCAUGCAAUACUUGUGAAGACUCGUUCCAUAAUAAUGUUCGCUUUAGCAGCCCUCAAGCGCACUUUUCCACAAGACUCACCAAACGAUGACGCAACCAAUCGAUAAGCCGAUGUCGCUCUUUCGUUCCUCUCACGAAGUUCAAGUUCGACUCACAUCACAGAUCAUUAGCUGCUGAUAAGAUGGCGUCAACACAGGUCGCUCCGGUGAAUCUACCCCGCGUAGCUAUCACGUACUGCACACAGUGUCGCUGGAUGCUGCGGGCCGCAUACUUUGGCCAAGAGCUCCUCUCCACAUUCGGGACCCAGAUCGGUGAAAUCGCCCUGAUACCCGCGACAGGUGGACUCUUCCAGGUUGAGUUGACCUAUAUCCCACCCAGCCCAACAGAUUCUUCAAACGAAGGCGAAGUCGAAGCCCAAAAAAUACUCCUUUGGGAUCGCAAAUCUGAAGGUGGCUUCCCGGAAACCAAAGUGCUGAAACAGCGCGUCCGAGAUCAUAUUGACCCCAAGAAAGACCUCGGGCAUAGCGAUGUUGGCGGGAAAAAGAAAGAAGCUGUAAAGGAAGAGAAGGACAAUGGACCGCAAGAUUCCGUUGACGUCAAGGUCGACGGAAAGACAGAGCGGAAUGCUGAGGAGAUGGUGAAGGACAUGGAGCUUGAAGAUGUGCCAGACAAGACAACUGUAAAGAGGAAUCCGGAUGGGACGGUUUGCGAAGACUGUAGCUGAUAUCGGGGCUGAAAGUAC